AUGGCGGUCAAUUGGAAAAUCUACUUCAUUCCACUUCCUCUUCUGUUAUUAACCUAUUAUUUAUUAUUUUCUGGACGAAAAGCAACCAAAAGAAACGAUCAUCACAAAGGAAGGCAAAGCGGUGCUGAAAGAAAUAACGGAAAACCAGAGUGCCCGUCUAAUUUUCAGGUAGUUGACGAAACUUGCGUUCGUUGCCCGCGCGGCCAUUUUAGUUUUCGAGGUUGGAUUGCGUGUUUACAAUGGUUAGAUUGUACCAGUAUCGCUCUUGACGUGAGGACUAGACGCAGAAUUGGUAUUCCAGGUCAUUUGAAUGCGGUCAAAGAAGUCUAUUUGGCGGAUUGGCAGGGGUAUGAUGUGGUGUAUAGUAAAUGCGCGAGUGACCUUUAUUACGAAGAUUGCCUACAUGGAAUGCAUAUGGUGGAAGGCCUUCAAAGGAGUGAAUUUGUAGUACAGCUCAUUGGCAUUUGCUAUAAUGACAGUCUAGAGGUGAAUUUUGUCAAUUUUGUCUAUUAACUCCCGGGUUAGGAGACUUUCUUAACUUUAUCUUUGAGGUGACGUAAUCACAUGGCUAUGAUAUGCCUUGACUGUUUACAACGAUGUGUUUGAAAAAAAUUCCUUUAUUUACUCUUCUAUCAGUGGAAAAGUGAUAAAAUUGUUAAAUUCCGUCAGAAUUAGAGGUAAAACCUCGGAAUAAAUAGACCAAAUCAUUUUAAAUAUUUGGAAACAAUUUGUGAAGAAUUGAACGAUUUCCGUUCAGCCUGUUGUAUUCUAAAAUGAAGUAUUAGUUCCGUAGAUAUACUCUUAAUUUGGCCUUUUUUAUUUUCUAUAACUGUAUACAUAAUGAAGUUGGGGUUACAUGCAAUUUUGUCCUUUCACCUGUAUAACCAGGUAUGACCUUUCUCCACGUAAUCGGUGACAUCAUCAAUGUUGCAUUUUAUGGAACUUCUUCUGAUCAUAAAUAAUUUUUUUAUCUCUUAAAUAGCACCACCCCUCCCCAACCUUCUUUUUAAAUUUGGAAUGCAACAGAAAACACACUCACACAAUUUAGUUUUGUACAACAUAUUCUCAGGGUGGAGGAAGGGGUGUGGAGAGAUACAGUACCAUGAUCAAAAUGAUGCUAGGAACCAUAAAAUUCUUUAUAACAAUAUUCCAGACUAUCUGGUCUGGAAUAUUGUUAUAUGUAUUUGAAAAUAAUGCUUUAUUUGUGAUGCUUUCAUGAUAUAUAUAUAUAUAUAGGGAGAUGGGAAAUUGUUUCAGCUCUGUUUGUGUUAGUUUUUCGAGAGGGUGAGACAAAGAAAAAAUCUGAGUCCUCCACAAGGAUUGGAAAAUGAAUAUUAUUACUUGUUGUUCAUUUAUGUUCAUGUAACCAUUGUUUGGAUGUUGAUGCAGUGAUAUCUGAAACCCUUGUGUUUAUUAUUAUCAGAUGGUAACAGGAUAUUACAAGCAUGGCUCAGCAGACACACUUGAUGAACUCCUGGAGAGACCAGAACUUGGUCACUUCAACACUCUAGAAACAAGAUUUCAACUAGGCAUAGACUAUGUUAAAAUCCUCCAAUUUCUUCAUAACAGUCCUCUUGGUGUGCGGGUCAUGUGUGAUUCAAAUGACAUAACCAAGACAUUGUCACAGUACCUGAUAACAAAUGAUUUUCAUCUUGUCGUCAAUGAUCUUGAUGCUUUACCAGAAGUAAAAGCAGAUGAAGGUGAACUGAUCAAGUGUGGUCACAGAGAACUGUAUGGUGAUUUUGUAGCCCCUGAACAGUUGUGGCCUUACUCACGCCCUUUUGAUGAUGAAGAAAUGCCUCCCUAUGAUGAAAAGAUUGACAUCUGGAGAAUACCCAAUGUUGUUGACAAACUGCUAGGCCGAGUUCAUAAUAGUAACUUUGUCAGACGCCUUCUGAUAGGGAUUCAUGAGUCUUGUAAACAAGAAGAUCCAGAAGAGAGGCCAUCAGCUACUGAGGUUCUUGAAGUAUUUUUGAAUGUACAGAAAAUUAUUUCGGCAGGAACGAGGCAGGACCUCUAA